UGAUGCUGGGAAGGGACCGAAUGAAUAAAAGUACUUGUCUGGGGACAGCAAAGACCCCGAGCGAGCUGUUGAGGAUCCGCUGUCUGGCAGUCUCUCAGUCUUUUGUGAGAGCCAGAGCUGCAUUCAGUUGAGAGAGGCCUGCUUAGGAGCAGCUGGACUCCUGCUGCGAGCCGCAAGUCCCCUAAGGCAGUUGACGUCCUGGGAAGGAGGUUCCCUGCUAGUGGCGCUGCUCCUGGUGCUUCCAAACCGUGCGAGACUGAAAACAGCGGAGCGGCUACUGGAGUCUCACAGGAGGAGCAAGCUGUAACAUGCAAUCGCCCGCAAGCCCGCACGGACGCGCCUUGGUGGCGCUGCUGCUGGCCUGUGGCUUGUUGGGGGUAUGGGGAGAGAAAAGAGCAUUCCCACCUGCCCAAGCCACACCGUCUCUUCUCGGGACUAAAGAGUUAAUGACGCCACCCACUAAGACCUCCUGGACUAGAGGUUCCAACUCCAGUCUGAUGCGUUCCUCAGCACCUGCGGAGGUGACCAAGGGAGGGAGGGUGGCUGGAGCCCCGUCAAGAUCUUUCCCUCCUCCGUGCCAACGAAGUAUUGAGAUCAGCAAGACUUUUAAAUACAUCAACACGAUUGUGUCCUGCCUGGUGUUCGUGCUAGGCAUCAUCGGGAACUCCACACUGCUAAGGAUCAUCUACAAGAACAAGUGCAUGCGAAAUGGUCCCAAUAUCUUGAUCGCCAGCCUGGCUCUGGGAGACCUACUCCACAUCAUCAUUGACAUUCCCAUUAACACCUACAAGCUGCUCGCGGAGGACUGGCCAUUUGGAGCUGAGAUGUGUAAGCUGGUGCCCUUCAUACAGAAGGCUUCUGUGGGGAUCACCGUGCUGAGUCUAUGUGCUCUAAGUAUUGACAGAUAUCGAGCUGUGGCUUCUUGGAGUCGAAUUAAAGGAAUUGGGGUUCCAAAAUGGACAGCAGUAGAAAUUGUUUUAAUUUGGGUGGUCUCUGUGGUUCUGGCUGUCCCCGAAGCCAUAGGUUUUGAUAUGAUUACGUCGGACUACACAGGAAAGCCCCUAAGGGUCUGCAUGCUUAAUCCCUUUCAGCAAACAGCCUUCAUGCAGUUUUACAAGACAGCCAAAGAUUGGUGGCUGUUCAGUUUCUACUUCUGCUUGCCACUAGCAAUCACUGCAAUCUUUUACACCCUGAUGACUUGUGAAAUGCUCAGAAAGAAGAGUGGCAUGCAGAUUGCUUUGAAUGAUCACUUAAAGCAGAGACGAGAAGUAGCCAAAACAGUAUUCUGCCUGGUCCUCGUGUUUGCCCUCUGCUGGCUUCCCCUUCACCUCAGCAGGAUUCUGAAGCUCACUCUUUAUGACCAGAGCAAUCCUCACAGGUGUGAACUUCUGAGCUUUUUGUUGGUUUUGGACUACAUUGGUAUCAACAUGGCUUCUUUGAAUUCCUGCAUUAAUCCAAUCGCUCUGUAUUUGGUGAGCAAAAGAUUCAAAAACUGCUUUAAGUCAUGUUUGUGCUGCUGGUGCCAAACGUUUGAAGAGAAACAGUCCUUGGAGGAGAAGCAGUCCUGCUUGAAGUUCAAAGCUAACGAUCACGGAUAUGACAACUUCCGUUCCAGCAAUAAAUACAGCUCAUCUUGAAGGAAAGAACACUCGCCGAAUCGCAUUGUCCUCAUUGCGGACAGAUAUCAUUAAAACAAAAUGAAACCUUUGCCAAAUCCAAAUGGAAAACUGUGCUAGGCAGAAAGGUGUGCACGCAUGUGAGAGGGAUUAUUUUUAACUGUUCUGACUUUCAACACCUGAUAUUUCACAGGCUGUUUACAACCUAUGAAAGCCAUGGGAAGGAACGAAGCCUCCAUGGGGAAGCACUUAGAUUCUUAGUCAGCACUUCAACAGAGCUCUUAAAAGCCCCCAGUGCAUUCAUCCGCCACUUACAUUUAAAAAUGAGAACUUCACUCCAAAGUUCUGUUCAGGGGUUUAUAAUCCAGUCCUAUGAAUCUGGAUUUUAAAAAGUAUGACAUUGCAAAACAAUUCUUAAAACAAAGUUUUAAUUGCUCAAUUUGGAACUUAAAAGAAAACAUUAAUAAAUUUAGAUAUAUAGUAUCAUACCCACUAAUCCGAGUGUAGCUAUAUGCAAAAUGAGAAAGCAAUAUGGUUGGUAUACAUUUUUGGUCAUUAUAAACACUGAAAUGAUCGGAAUGUGCGGGAGGGGGUGAAAUUGAGAGACGGAGCUUGGAUGUUUGAAAUCACCAUGCUCCUCACACUCACAUACGUGCAAAUGUCACAGAGGAAACAUCGGAAGGUGUGAGCUGCUAUUUUUGAGACUUCUCACACAUACUCUGCAGAAAGACACAAAACAGAACACUACCUAUGAUCUCCUCAAAGUUCUUUCAAAUAUCCUUUCAUGAUUGAAGUUUAAAUUCCAUUUGAUUGGCUUCAUCAUCUGUAAAUACUUAGCUAUAAGCACUACAUGUAGAGGACUUAACAAAGGGCAGGUCCCAGCGUUCAUAGCUUUCUGACCAAGCGAUGCCAGUAACCCGGUUAUAGACAGAAUGUGAAUUGCCUGGUGCAGUGUCCACAUGGCAGAUAAGCAGGGAGCAUCCUUUCAGCCGUGCUGUAGAGAAAAUGGUCCACAGCACAGUAUGAUAGCUAAAAUACCAUCAUCUAACGUCGUAGAAAGUAGUCACUGUAACCAGCGCUUCUGGAGGCCUAUUACCAAUUUUUUUUUAAUGUUAUUUCUGAAAAUAGCCAAUAGAAAGGUGUUCUGGACGUGGUGCUUUUUCUAAAACUGCUUCAGGGUCUGCAAGAGCCUCCUCAUUGCGCAUUCUUGUCUAGUUUUUCUAAUCUCCUUCCACAGCGUGCCUUAGGUUCACUCCGGAUGAGCGGCGUGUGAAAGAAUGCCCAAGAGAAAACUGAAGAGAGAGGAAACGAGGUGGGGCGGGAGGAAGCCCGUGGGGAAAGAUUCCCAUUCUUAGCCCUGUGUUCGUCACUGCCACGUCAUAGCAGUGUGAAAGGUCCUGGUUCGGCUCCAGCAAAACACAGCGCAGUGUUCUCAGAGUGACUCGGGAACAAAUCAAGCCCGAGAGCUUUAACCUUGUCUUGAAAUAUAACAGAUUUUCCUUCUGCCUUUCUUUUUUCUUUUUCUUUUCUUUUCCUUUCUUUUUGUAACCCAGGCCACAUGUUGAAAAUGAGCUAAGAAUGCAGUUUUCUGCCAAAAUCCACUUUAACAAUACAACAAACCCAAACAGGACAAUGAGGUCAAAAACAAAGAACAAUACUGAAUCGGCAUGCCACGUGAUCUCUUCAGGAGUUAACCGCAGUUCUUGUGCAUAGGUUUCUCACUCUAAUUUUCUACAAAUUCUUUUUAAUCAUAAAGGACACCCCAGAUCUUCAAUUUUAAGUUAGUUAUUGGGUCCCCAGUAGUUUCACAGCGUAAACGUAUUUUUUAAUUCUUACUACGUUUUAGAUUGGUUUUAUUGUCGUGUACUAAAUUCUUGAGUCCUAACAUCCUUGUUUAACCCAAAUGUUCCUUCCCUCUUCAUGGGCAAUAAUCAUCCUGACAAAUUAUGAAAUGGCAUAAGAAUACUAUUCAUGCAAUAUAUUCAAUAAAACUAUAUUCCGUGUUUUUUAUUCAAAAUUUUAGCAUACAGACCAAGGGUGGUAUGAUUCCUUUGCAUAAUUAAAGCCAAGAUAAGAGAAGGUACCAUCUAAUUUAAAGCGUGUCUUUUAACAUUUAAGUUGCCUAAUAUAGCAAUGCAUAAAGAUAGUGUUCAAAAGGGUGUAAGAGGUCAAGUGAUUCGUGACUUCAGCCUGCUUUCUCCCACAUUAUCCACUGCUAUUGUUGGUCUGUGUUCAAACAUUUUUCAGUAUUGAUGAUGUGCAACGGCCAAAGGAACACUGUUUUCAUCAAAAUGUGGGUGUGCUGUGUCUAACAUGCAAUUGUAAUAAAGCCAUAUAAAAUAAACAUGUUUUGUUUUGCUCUGGUCAGUUAAAGUGGCAGCUUGUGUAGUUGCUAACUUCUCAUUGUGUAAGCAAAGCCAAUAAACAGUCAAAUGAUUUAAAA